AUGCCAACGACGCGCUCGCAAGCCCGUUCUAUAAAUAUGCUGGGGAAGGGACACAGCCAGCCAGCAGCUGUCCCGCCAGAGUCCCCGUUUGCUGCCAUUUCCACAACGACCAUCAACCAGAACUCAUCACUGUUUAACUAUCAAGCAUCGACUCAGCCCAGCAUGUUCAGGCCGGAGAAUCAACCAACUCCUUCACCCGGACAGACAGGCGGUAAUUCGCUGUUUGGCAACUGGACGCCGUCGCAGCAGCCGUCGCAAAACAACACACGGCCUCUCUUUGCUAGGGAUGAUAGCAUGCCAUCUCCCUUCACGCAACAUAACAAUACACCGUCCCUGUUCUCUAUGAGCCCGAACACAGUUCCCGUAUCCGGAAGCGGGUACCGACCAUUUGUCAAUCCGUUUGUGUGCAAACCUCCUAUUCCACACCCGCCAAGCGUCUUCGGAAUCAGGAUCGACUGCAAGCCCGGGUGCAAUCACUAUGUCAGUUUACAAGAAGAGAAACGCAAAUCGCAGCCUCUAAAAGACAACUCCCUUCCACCGGAAGAAUACGAGGAAGCUAGACAGGAACGGAUAGCCAAGGUUAGCAAGAUCUUGGAGAAGGUGAACUGCCUCGACGACCUCACGGAAGACGUGGUCCGGGAACUCAUGGCCACGGAUUAUGGGCUGCUGGCCAUUAUGAAAUUCAAGGUGACACUGUUGGAAUGGGCCGAGUGGUCGGAGCCGAUGAAGCUCAAGGAACUGCCGGUUGAGUUGAAGUGGGAGGGGUGGGAGAACAUCACAAUCCAAUGUGGACGUGGAAUCAGGCUGCGACGAGAGAAUCCUGUAUCUGACAAGCAUGUCUCCCCAGAGUAG